CGAGGCAAGGAGCUAGUUUCUCUCAUCUCCCAUCAAAACACACAUUUCGAUCUCAUCUCUUCAACAAAGAAGAUGAACAACAAGAAGAACCCAGAUCAGAAACCAGAAAUGUCCUCAUCGUCUUCAUCUUCAUCUUCUCCCAAGAAACAAACCCUCUUCAUAUCAUCCCUAAUCAUCCUCUGGUACACCUCCAACAUCGGCGUCCUCCUCCUCAACAAGUUCCUCCUCUCAAACUACGGAUUCAAAUUCCCCAUCUUCCUCACGAUGUGCCACAUGUCAGCCUGCGCCAUCCUCAGCUACCUCUCCAUCGUCUUCCUCAAGCUCGUCCCUCUCCAGCACCUCAAAUCUCGCUCUCAGUUCAUGAAAGUCGCGACUCUCAGCAUUGUCUUCUGUGCCUCCGUCGUUGGAGGGAACGUCUCCCUUCGUUAUCUUCCCGUCUCGUUUAAUCAGGCUGUAGGUGCCACGACGCCGUUUUUCACAGCGCUCUUUGCGUAUCUCAUGACGUUUAAGAGAGAGGCUUGGUACGGUGCUCUUGUCCCUGUUGUUACCGGUGUCGUGAUCGCCAGUGGGGGUGAGCCAGGUUUUCACUGGUUUGGAUUCAUUAUGUGCAUCAGUGCUACUGCAGCAAGAGCUUUUAAAUCAGUUCUUCAAGGCAUCUUACUUUCUUCUGAAGGAGAAAAGUUGAACUCGAUGAAUUUGAUGCUGUACAUGUCCCCCAUAGCAGUCAUUGCACUUCUGCCCGUAACAAUAGUAAUGGAACAAGAUGUGAUGAGUGUGACACUAUCCCUCGCAAGACAACAUAAGUACAUGUGGGUACUUCUCUUGGUUAACUCUGUAAUGGCUUAUUCAGCCAACUUGUUGAACUUUCUUGUUACCAAGCACACAAGCGCACUUACCCUCCAGGUUCUUGGAAACGCCAAAGGAGCGGUUGCUGUUGUGAUCUCGAUCUUGCUUUUCAGAAACCCGGUCACGGUGAUGGGAAUUGGCGGGUAUAGUAUAACGGUGCUUGGGGUUGUUGCUUAUGGAGAGACUAAACGCAGGUUUAGAUGA